AAAUGGCUCUUAUCUAUAGCAAGUUUUAAAUCGACCCGUUUUGUAUCCUUAUGGUUGAAAUUAUUGUAAGUCGCUUUGGAUAAAAAAACUAAAUGACUAAAUGUAAUGAACUGAGAAGCACUCCAUUGUUAAGGUCUGGCCCGGAAACCAACACAUCAUUCAGUGAGAUUCCAUCAAGCUGCACUGGAAUCAAAUACCACACAAAUCUGGUCUGGUUUUUGAGUGUUGUACAAGCUCAGCAUGCUCUUUGUCAAGCAUUUUUUGUGUGAAUUCAGUGAAAUGCCCUUUCAGUCCAGGUUUCUUCUGCGACGUCCAUCGCAGCGACAUCAGGCGGCUGUGAGCAAAGUCUUUAGCGAGAUGUCAGUUUGCGUCAUCCGUUCCACAAUCUGCAUGAAGGCUCGACCCUCGAUGGAGUGAGCUAGCAAGUUGUCAUUCUCUGUUGUACAGAAAACUGAUUUUCCGAGGCUAUCUAUCUUUGGUAUCGUUGAUGUACUUUGCGUGGGUUUGUGAAGGAGUGGAUUCUUGCCAUUAUUUUCGAUAUGAUAGUUUUCUUUCAUUCACAUCUGAUUCUCACGUGAAGUAAAGCUGGUCUUCCAUUUUCUGGAUGGAAGUCUUCAUGGCACUGACUGUUAGCCUUGUGAGCGCCUCCGAGGCAUACGUCCCCUAUUAUGACCCACCCAAGGUCAAGCUGUUGUGCAUCGUGAGGGCCAUUGUGCUGUUUACCAACUUUAUGGGCCCUUACAAUGUCCGUACCCAGUAGUAGCAGAAUGUCAGCGCCUGGAUCAAGAGCUGGUAUUCAGCCGCUAUUCGUCUCUGGUGGUGGUACGCAGCUUAUGGUGUUGGGAUCCCUGCGCCACUAUUUGGAAUGUCAUUACACCCGGUUAGUGUAGGAGUGGCAUGUUCGUUCUUCCAUCUAUGGAUUCCACCGUAAAUCCACAGGCUUUUCUGCCAGCUGUUUCCACCAUCCCUGCACAGGUUUUGACUGUGUAUACCACUGCUUCUCCCUUGAUGUUGAACAUUUCAUAAAACUUAGAUCUAGCUAAGGACACAUUGCUCUGGUCUUCCAAAAUGGCAUUUUCCAAAAUACCCCUUUCUCUUUAGGUUACGGUGACAACUGGGAUACACAUUCACAAUGCAGAUCUUUGAGCAGGAUUUGCCUUUAAAGUCAUUACCACAAACUUUGGUACAUUUUGACAUCUGGCUGCUCUGUCUCCUCCGUGUCCCCGCCGCUCUCCGAGGAAGGCAAGAAACUUGGCUGGGACUGUGGAGCAGGACCGGGAUGAAGAGCAGAGAGGUGUUUAUCGCUGUCACACUCUGUGCAUUUGAUGCGGGUUUCACAGAACUUCGCCUGGUGCGUUGUGGAAGCACAGCAACAAAAGCAUAUGUUGUUCUCAUUUUCCUGAACCCUCUGCAUUUCUUCACUGGGUGGGGCUUUUUAUGUAGGGGACACAGUCUGCAGAGAUCUUCUGUUUUGGUUACUGUGUCCUGAGAUGUGAUGCUUGUCUUGUGUACAGAGACCGGUUUAAUAUGACUUCUCAAUCUGGUAAGAGGUUGCAGUGAGAGUGGGGGGGGUGAAAGCUUGCGUCAUUUCUGUCUUCAGCUUCUCAGCAGACUAAUUCUCGGAAAAAGAAUAAGUCUUGUAGAUAUACGGGAAGCUUCUCGACAAUAGGCUGCACUCCUCUUGUUGUGUCAAGGUCAACUAGCCCCGGUAAGUAUCCGUCUCUUUUUUCAACAUCCAACUCUAUCAAUUGGUCUUUCAGCUCUUGAAGUUUUUUACUGUCUCGCUUAUGAAUCCUGGGGAAGUUCUCUAUUUUAGUAAAAAGCUUUCUCUAUGACCUCUGGAGAUCUAUGUGUUUUGUUUAAUCCCUCCCAAACUCUUUGAAGACCAAAAGGAAGGUUACCUGACAUUGACAGACCCGAUCCUAAGUGCCUGAUUACUGGAAUCCUUUCCCAGCCACUUUAUCAGCAAAUCCAUCCCUUGUAUUCACUUGUUGACAUCUCGAGGUUUACAAUAGUGUCGAUGAAGGUCUCUCACCAAGCCUGGUAGUGUUGAGCGACCUUGGAUUGCACAACUACGACCGCUACUGCAAGAUGUCGUCUGAGGAGCUCUUGCAACUGCCGCUCAACUUCUACAUCACCAUCCUGGGCAUCGGCCUCUUCAUCCUAAUACUCACCUUCAUCUUCUGCUGCUACAUGUUCAGACUCAGGCGACAUGGAGCUAUAAAACAGUAUUGUUACAACGAGGUGGUUUUGAAAGGAGCGGGGAAGAAGCUGAGCCUGAUGGGCCAAACGUGUGCAGUGUGCCUGGAGGAGUUUCGCAGCAGGGAUGAGCUCGGAGUCUGCCCGUGCUCCCAUGCUUUUCACAAGAACUGUCUGCUGAAAUGGUUGGAGAUCCGCAGUGUUUGCCCCAUGUGCAACAAAUCCAUUUGUCGUCUCCAGCCUGAGCCGCCUACAGAACCUGAGCUGUUCCAGGGUUUCCUGGAGGUCUGAGAUGGAAACAGCAGCACGCCAUUCAGUUCACAUCUGUCACCAUAGAUCAGGUCUCACCACCCACAGUUUGUAGGUUUAGUAAUGUAGACAUUCUUUUGUGGCCUGAAGUGUCUGGCUCCACUUAAAGCAGAGAUAUGAGGAACAAGCACAAGUAAGCUAGAUAUGAAAAAUGAUCCAACAGCAAAGCCCAGCCCAGUGUUGGCAACUUCUCUCUGAUAACAGAAGGUGACUAGCGCUUAAAACCACUCAAAAUCCCAAGACAGUCCGGCGUCCCUCCAAAGCCACUCCCCCAAAACGAUCACCAUGAGCAUCAUCAACCAUCAUGGACGCUGCUGUUGAGUCAAAGUCGCAGAAAGAGCCCCCGGCUUUGAAAGCAAGAAAGCAACCAUGAAAGACUUUUAUCCCACUGACUUACAAUAUGGAAAAGAUGUGCGUGAAUCAACACGUAUUGUUUUUUGUAUAAAAAAUAAAUCAACUUUGCAGUAGCAACACUCAGGAACAUCUUUAGGUAAAGCUGUGUGCCAAGUGAGGUCUGGGAGGCCACUUUCACAUUUAUUUUGGUAACAAAAACAGUGCUGCUAUUAGUUUUUUUAAAUGAGCUUACGUUUAAUCAGUGCUGCAGAAUACUGUGGCUAUAGCUCUACCCACUAAAGUUUAAUUGGAUGAUGGUGGAAAGCGCCACUUUUGCAAUCAGCGUCAACAUCGUGGCCUCCAAUUCCUGGUCUGAGUGGCCUGUUUGGUCGAAGAGGAACAACUUCUCGUGUCUCCAACAACCGUAACCGCUCCCCUCUGCAUGUGAAACGUCAGUGCUGUUACUCAACUAAAGAGAUUGUUUCUGAACCCUCAAGCAGCUCAGUCUCAGUUUGGAUGACCCUCUGUAUGUUUUCACUUUUCCCCCGAAAGAUGACGUGCAGAGCCACGUGAGCGGCAUGUGUCUUAGUACGUCCGCCAGCCCUUUGAAGAGCCUGGAACUUGGAAUGAUGGAAGACGACAUAAAAAAACUCACUACUGCCCCAAAUAUGAGGACAAAGGUGAAAACAGUAAUGAAAGACAUUCCUUCAAUGAGGACUUUUAACAAAUACUGAGGAAUUGUUUAACAUCAUAACUGGCUUCCAGUGAAAAGGACUUGUGUGUCAUAUUGUCCUUUGUGAAAUAGCUGGAUGCCAUUGCAGCCUGCGGGACGGAUGAGCUCUGUACUUUAGUGAUAUAAAUAGACACGCCGCACUGAUAUGAAGAGCAUGUUUGAGCUGGUUUACUGUGUGAGUGAGGUGCACCAUUCACUCCAUCACACUCUGUAUGCACUGCGUAAUGUACUAUAAUGAGUACAUUGUAAAUUGUAAAUGCUUUUCAAUUUUCUGAACAAUAUAAAGGUAAGCAGCUUCUUGAUAUGGUCA